GCUGUCUGUGAAUUGCCAACGCGUUAUGAGCGGAAAGACAAGCCAAGGCUGAACGCUGCCCAGAUGCGCUUGGCAUGGCAUGCUUUCCAGAGCCUCAUCUAUUCUUCAUCUUCACUUGAUGGAAGAGGGAUGGAGAAGCGAGCUCGUUCUGUGUGAUUCACCCUCCUGCUGCAGAAGCGAUGAGUAACUUGCUCCCAAACACUUCUCUCUUGAAUUGGGAUGCAUUAGAGGGAAGAAACACGUCGUCUGCCCCGUCCUGGGAGCUGGAGCCGGUGCCCGUGAUGGUUAACCCGUGGGACGUGCUGCUGUGCGUGACGGGAACGCUCAUGUCCUGCGAGAACGCAGUGGUGAUCGCUCUCAUCGCCUACACGCCCACACUGAGAGCACCUAUGUUCGUCCUCAUCGGGAGUCUAGCGUUCGCUGACCUCCUGGCCGGCCUGGGCCUGAUCCUCAAUUUCGUCGUAACUUACAUAAUCGAUUCGGGAUUUGUCACGCUGCUGUCGACGGGGCUAGUCAUCACAGCCUUCUCGGCGUCUGUGCUCAACAUUUUUGCGAUAACUGUAGACCGUUACAUGUCGCUGUACAACGCGUUGACGUACCACACCGAAGGCGCGGUGACGUUCACCUACAUCACACUCAUCUUGAUGUGGGUCAUCAGCACCGUGCUCGGUUCGCUCCCCGUCCUGGGCUGGAACUGCUUGGAGGACGAGAGCACCUGUAGCAUCUGUCGACCGGUGAACAAAAACAACGCCGCGGCGCUCGCCGUGUCCUUGCUCCUGGUCUUCGCUCUCAUUCUGCAGCUGUACCUCCAGAUCUGUAAGAUCGCUUUCCGGCACGCUCAGCAAAUCGCCGUUCAGCGGCAGCUUAUGACUACCUCGCACUCAUCUUCCACCACGAAAGGGGUCUCCACCCUCACCACCAUCCUGGGCACUUUCGCCUUCUGUUGGGUCCCUCUCGCCAUGUACUCGCUGGUGGCCGACUCUCGAACCCCUGUGAUCUACACCUACGCCACGGCUCUUCCGGCCAUCUGCCACUCCAUCAUUAACCCAAUGAUAUAUGCGUUCAGGAACCCUGAAAUUCUCCGAUCUUUGAGGAUUGCUUGCUGCUGGUGCAUGCCUUACAGUUUCAUCAUGCGACCCAGGACCCCCAGCGAUGUGUAGCAUCUUCAGUUUAAAGCACAAUGUUGGCAUUGGCCUGUCUGUAAAGCACAUAUAAUCCACAUAUUGUAAUCCAGUGGAGUGAGGGAUUUUUUAUUUUAUAUUUUAUUUGGCAGAUUUAAUAGCCUAGCACUUCAUAUUGUUGUGUCCAUGUUACACAGACACAUUACUAUACUUAACAGGAUAUCAGAAUAAUACUUUAACUUCCUUAUGGUAAAAGACAUGGUUGGUGAUGAGUAAAAAAAAAAAAGAGAGAGAGAUUUUGGUGCUUUUGCAUUCACUCAAUUUUGUUUGCUCGCAAAACUUUUGUAUCAGGAAUAAUAUGAGGUGGGAGGAAAAACUAUAUUUGAAUGUAUUUGAAAUUUUGCAUUCACUCAAAACCUUUGUGUUGCCCCAAGAAACUUUGUGCUAAAUGAGGUUGGAGGAAAAACUGUAUUUCAAUGUUUUUACAUUCUCUCGCAAAGCUAUAGUGUUUGCCCAAUAAAUUUAGCAUUUGCAUGCGAAAGUUUUGCAUAUCCAGAGAAAUGUUUAAUUCAUAUGAGGUGGGAGGAAAAACUUUAUUUGAAUGUAUUUAAAAUUUUGCAUUCACUCAAAACUUUUGUAUUGCUUUCCCUCGUGAAAUGAUUAUGUUAGAAAUAAUAUGAUUUGGGUACAAUGACUUAAUGUACUGGGCAAAUCAUUAAUAGCUGUCCAUGGUGUUUUAUAGCCACUGAGUCGAGAUGUGGCAUAUGUUCCAGCACUUCCUUGUGACAAUACAUAGAAUAAAGCAAAACAGAAAACAGAAGGAUGAAUGUACAAUUAAGUGAUUGUUGUUUGUGUGGCAGAUUUACAGGAUGCCUACUGUAUUGUAAAAUCAACCACAGUAAGCAUAGCCACAACAUAACUACAAUC